UCCCACACAUCCCCAGGCCACCAUGUCCUCGAUCGGGGGCCUUGGCCCGGACUUCCCCAAGUACGGGCCCGCUCUGCCAUCCACGAAGCCCAAGUGGGAUCGGCUCUUCUCGCUUGCAGGUGUGGCCACUCCGCUUUUCAUUGUUCGCUUGCCCCAUCCCUCGAUCCAGAGCGCCCUUCAACUGCUAGUCCGGGUCAUUCUGUGCAGUUGGUCGCCCCAACUGCCGAUCGGCCAGGACCUCAUUGAGGAUCCCGCCUGGUUGGACGAGACGCGACAUCGGCUCUUCCUCUAUUUCGUCGCCGGUCUACACCAAGAAGACGGGGUGCUUGCUGAGAGCAUCUCCCUGUCCUACGAGCAGAUCCUCAAGUACUCGCCUGGGGCCCAGUGGAUGGCCCGAACCACCAGCUCCGGAAUACCCUUUCCCGAACACCUGCGAGACAUCCCGCUGGCCUUCCUGCUCACCCGUAAGCUGACCAGCCACACGGUCAUCGAGCAUAUCGCUUCGGCCGAGCAGAAGGCCCACCUACGCAUCUUCCUGGAGGACGCCCUGGAGGAUGGCCGUCUGCGCAUGGAGCGAGCCCGCAGGAUGGACUCCACCUACGGAAGGGACAUCGGCUUCGCCAUCAUGGCCCGCCUGGCAGGCCACACUCUUCCCACCUCGAUUGAUCCCUCGGUCCUGGACUAUGUCAUGGAGAUGGAGCCCGGGAUCGACGCUUUGGAUCCACAUUCCACGGUGCCGACCAUCGGCGACCACAUCAACCUGAGGUCGAUGGUGUUCCAGCAGGGCUUGCGGGCGAAGUCACGGGCAUUUGGAGCGGUCGAGAAGGCCGCCCCGGCGGGCACGUACUUGCUCCUGGAGGCCCUGGCAACACUCAACAACGGGCCGCCGAAUGCCCAAGAGAGGGACCCAUGUCCGGACCCACGGCUGCCUGCCCGGACGGUGUCGGACCCGAUCGUCCGCGCCUUCCUGGCCAAGUACGUUGUCCAGGACGCCCUCUCGAGCUCGGGGCAUCUGCGUCCAACCUUGAUUCGUCUGAGCCAUGUACUGGGCCAUACCCAGUAUGUCACCCUCAGCCCAGGGACGAUUAUGCUCCUCCACAAUACCCUUUCCGAGGGGCUGGAUCGCAUUUGUCAUCAGCUCAUCUUCCAGCACCUGUUGAACUACGCCUCGGCCCUCUGCAGAACCAUGGGUGACUUGCUGGAUGCUGCGCUCUGGAUCCGGGACUCGGCCAUGCUGGCGUUCUCUCACGAGGCCGCCGCGCGGCACCUGGCCUCCUUCGCCCAAGGAGGUGUGCAAGUGGCAGAAAGGACCUUUUACAUGAUCCGGGAGGUUGAUUUCCUGCUGCUCACUCGGCACGAUCACCAGGUCGUGACUCUGAUGAACAACUUGGAUGACACCCGAUUGCGCCGUGGCCGGACAGCGGACGAGGCCGAAUGGCUGCGCACCUUGUGGGCAAAUGACCCCUUCGUCGGCGCGCGAUUGGCUACUUCGGCGGCGCCGCGACACCCUGCUCGGCCGGCGUUGAUGGGCACGCCCGGCGACGACGACGACGACGACAGAUCCCCAAGGAUGCUUUCGGCUGCCCAUGCCCAACGGGCUGGCAAGAAUCGCUCGCAGCACCAGCAGCCGGGCAAGACCCGGAAACCGGCUCCUGGCCCGCGGCGGCCUGCUCAGCCGGAGGGGGUCCACUCCAUGCGGCCCCCCCCGGCCCAUGGUCGAAUGCUGUGCCCUGCCAUGCCCGCAAGGGGCAUCAUGCUGGACCGCCGGCCACCCUAUGGGGCACCAUCCAAUGACACGGCUGGCCGCGCUGCAGGCUCCCUCAAGAGCGUGCAGCACCACCCCCCGCAGGCUCGCCCCACACACCCAUCCUCUGUGAAGGUGCCUCAGCGGCCCGCCGGGGCGGGCGAUAGCACGCGCGCCGCUUGGAUCCUCGCGCCCAAGCCCAUCGCCCUCGGCCGGUCGACCACGGGCACUGUCAUUGAAUCCAUCACCGACUUGACCUCCUCAUCUCACGAGGAGAUCAAGGAUGGAGCCCAGGUGACCUGUCGGAAGAAGGUACGACAGCGGGUGACGCGGAAGGUGAAGACUUCGCGAUCGCACGACAUCCGCCCGGGGGACCACGUCGGCCCUUUGAACGCCGGUCGGCACGCCACCCUGGCCCGGUCGCCGGGACAAAAGUCCAAAACCGGAACCGAGCAAUGGCCCGCCUCCAGCGGCUCGGGGGCCCACCAGCACUGAGCCCACGGCACCCGGCCUCGCUCCUUCGGCA